UUUCCGGAUCGAGAAGAGAGAAAAGUUCUUCUUCUUCUUCUUCUUGUUCUGAUUGUUUCACAAGUUUUACGACAAUGGCGGUUUACGGAGAGAAGAAGCAUUGGUGGCUCCGCAACAAGAAGAUCGUUGAUAAGUACAUGAAAGAAGCUAAGAAUUUAAUAGCGAGUCGAGAUCCAAACGACGUUAAAUCUGCUCUGAAUCUUCUGGAAUCUGCACUCUCUGUAUCUCCUCGUUACGAACUCGCUCUCGAACUCAAAGCCAGAUCGCUUCUUUACCUCCGUCGAUUCAAAGACGUCGCUGAUAUGCUUCAGGAUUACAUUCCUAGUCUUAAACUAGCCGGCGAAGAUUCCGGCAUCGGUUCAUCGGAGCUUUCUGUUACUCAUUCUUCUCGUGAAUCUGUCAAACUUCUCAACGAUUUGCCGAGUCAUCAUCAUGACUCGUCUUUUAAAUGCUUCUCUGUCUCUGAUUUGAAGAAGAAAGUCAUGGCUGGUCUCAGUAAAAACUGCGACGAACAAGGGCAAUGGAGAUAUUUGGUGUUAGGUCAAGCUUGUUGCCAUUUAGGUCUAAUGGAAGACGCGAUGGUUCUUCUUCAAACCGGUAAACGCUUAGCCACCGCCGCGUUCCGCCGUCAGAGCAUUUGCUGGUCUGACGAUAGCUUCAUUCUCUUCUCCUCCGAAGACGGCGGUUCCUCUCCUCCCACCUCCGUCGUCGUAACUUCCGGAUCUCAGCCACGAUCCGAGAGCAUCGCUCACGUGUUAUCUCACAUCAAGCUACUCUUACGACGACGCGCCGCCGCACUCGCCGCUCUCGACGCAGGGCUCUACUCAGAAUCAAUUCGACAUUUCUCAAAAAUCUUAGACAGCCGCCGUGGCGCGCCGCAGGCAUUUCUCGCCCAGUGCUUUAUGCACCGGGCCUCCGCUUACAGAUCCGCCGGAAGAAUCGCGGAAUCAAUCGCCGACUGUAACAAAACCCUAGCCUUAGAUCCGUCAUGUCUCCAAGCCUUAGAAACCAGAGCCGCAUUGCUAGAAUCCGUUCGGUGUUUCCCCGAUUCGCUUCACGAUUUGGAACAUCUGAAACUCCUCUACAACUCCAUCUUACGUGACCGGAAACUCCCCGGUCCGGUUUGGAAACGGCACAACGUCCGGUACAGAGAAAUACCGGGAAAAUUAUGCGUUUUGACCUCGAAGAUCCAGCAAUUGAAGACGAAAAUCGCAAACGGAGAAAUCGGAAACGUGGAUUACUAUGCUCUGAUGGGAAUCAGACGUGAUUGCUCGAGAUCAGAGCUGGAUCGAGCUUACUUGUUACUCAAUUUAAAGCAUAAACCGGAGAGAUCAAUGUCAUUUAUUGACCGGUUUGAGUUAACCGAUGAUGAGGAAGAAUUAGACUCGGUUAAGGACCGAGCAAGAAUGUCAACUCUAUUACUAUACAGAUUGAUCCAGAAAGGCUACUCAGUCGUGACAAGUAACAUCGCAACGGAACAAGCCGCGGAGAAGCAACGAAAAGCCGUGGCAGCGGAAACUCAUCGGAGUAAUAACAUCGAAACGCCGAUCAGAGCGGCCGCGGUUGCGGUGAACAGUAAUAGUACUAAUAACAAUACGAAUGUGGUGAAAGGAGUGUUUUGUAGAGAUUUGACGGUGGUUGGGAGUUUGAUUGCACGGACCGGGUUUAACCAACCGAUUCCGGUUAAAUACGAAGCGCUUAGUUGCUGAAUUUGAAUGACCGUGCGAGUGCGAAGGUGUUUCUGCGUUUUGUACAAAAGAAAAGACAGAACAUCAUCACUAUUCACAUUGGAUGAAAUUAUGGAUAAUAAGAAUAUUGUCUGCCC